GAGCGCCGGCCAGCUCACCCGGCAGCCCAGUGCCCCAACCGCCUUCACUGCCGUCGCGCUCCCGAGCACAGCCCCAAGCCGGACCUCCCCCGGCACCGCGCCCAACUGCGCUUGCCCCAGGUCCCCGACCCGGCCCCCGCUGCGGGCCGCGGGCUAGUGGGACCAGGGAGCGCCCGGCACCUAGCUUCUCCAAGCGAUGCGCAGUGGGGCAGCGCGGACCCCGCGGAUGGAGCAGCUGCCGCCGUCGCCGUCCGGCGCGCCCCUCUCCGCCCGCGCCCGGUGCGCCUGAGCUCCGAGCUCGCCCCUCCUCCGCGCCAACUCCACCGCCUGUUCCUCAGGCCGCCCGCGCUCACUGCGCGCCUUUCCCGGCUCCACGCGUCUUGCCCCUCCGAGGCAGCCUCCUCAGAGCACGGGACCCUGCACAUCAUGGCCCCCACGAGGACAGGGGCCAGCGCCGCUGUGCGCGCCCGCCUAGCGCUGGCCUUGGCGCUAGUGAGCGUCCUAAGCGGGCCCCCAGUCGCUGCCUGCCCCACCAAGUGUACCUGCUCCGCAGCCAGCGUGGACUGCCACGGACUGGGCCUCCGGAGUGUUCCUCGGGGCAUCCCCCGCAACGCCGAGCGCCUUGACCUGGACAGAAAUAAUAUCACUAGGAUCACCAAGACGGACUUCGCUGGGCUCAAGAAUCUCCGCGUCUUGCAUCUGGAAGACAACCAGGUCAGUGCCAUUGAGAGAGGCGCCUUCCAGGAUCUGAAGCAGCUGGAACGACUGCGCCUGAAUAAGAAUAAACUCCAAGUCCUUCCAGAAUUGCUUUUCCAGAGCACCCCGAAGCUCACCAGACUAGACCUGAGUGAAAACCAGAUCCAAGGCAUCCCCAGGAAGGCGUUCCGCGGCAUCGCCGAUGUGAAGAACCUGCAACUGGACAACAACCACAUCAGCUGCAUUGAAGAUGGAGCCUUCCGAGCGCUGCGCGAUUUGGAGAUCCUUACCCUCAACAACAACAACAUCAGCCGCAUCCUGGUCACCAGCUUCAACCACAUGCCGAAGAUUCGAACCCUGCGCCUCCACUCCAAUCACCUGUACUGUGACUGCCACCUGGCCUGGCUCUCUGAUUGGCUACGACAACGGCGGACAAUUGGCCAGUUCACGCUCUGCAUGGCUCCUGUGCACCUGAGGGGUUUCAAUGUGGCAGAUGUGCAGAAGAAGGAGUAUGUAUGCCCAGGCCCCCAGUCAGAGGCUCCGUCCUGCAAUGCCAACUCCCUCUCCUGCCCUUCAGCCUGCACUUGCAGUAACAACAUUGUGGACUGUCGAGGAAAGGGCUUGACGGACAUCCCUGCCAACCUGCCAGAGGGCAUCGUCGAAAUACGCCUGGAACAGAACUCCAUCAAGUCAGUCCCUGCAGGAGCCUUCGUCCAGUACAAGAAACUGAAGCGAAUAGACAUCAGUAAGAAUCAGAUCUCGGACAUCGCUCCGGAUGCCUUCCAGGGCCUGAAAUCGCUCACAUCGCUGGUGCUCUAUGGGAACAAGAUCACUGAGAUUGCCAAGGGACUGUUUGAUGGACUGGUAUCACUACAGCUGCUCCUCCUCAAUGCCAACAAGAUCAACUGUCUUCGGGUGAACACGUUUCAGGACCUGCAGAACCUCAACCUGCUCUCCCUGUAUGACAACAAGCUGCAGACCAUCAGCAAGGGCCUCUUUGCCCCACUACAGUCCAUCCAGACGCUCCACUUAGCCCAAAACCCAUUUGUGUGCGACUGCCACUUGAAGUGGUUGGCCGACUACCUCCAGGAUAACCCCAUCGAGACCAGCGGGGCACGCUGCAGCAGCCCACGACGGCUCGCCAACAAGCGCAUCAGCCAGAUCAAGAGCAAGAAGUUCCGCUGCUCAGGCUCCGAGGAUUACCGCAGCAGGUUCAGCAGCGAGUGCUUCAUGGACCUUGUGUGCCCGGAGAAGUGCCGCUGUGAGGGUACCAUCGUGGACUGCGCCAAUCAAAAGCUGCCCCGCAUCCCAAGCCACCUCCCUGAAUAUGUCACCGAUCUACGACUGAACGACAAUGAGAUAUCUGUCCUAGAGGCCACUGGAAUCUUCAAGAAGUUGCCCAACCUGCGGAAAAUAAACCUGAGUAACAACAAGAUCAAGGAGGUACGUGAGGGCGCCUUUGAUGGAGCCGCCAGCGUGCAGGAGCUGAUGCUGACGGGCAACCAGCUGGAGUUGGUGCAUGGACGCAUGUUCCGUGGCCUCAGUGGCCUCAAGACCCUGAUGCUGAGGAGCAACCUGAUCAGCUGUGUGAGCAACGACACCUUUGCUGGCCUGAGUUCAGUGAGGCUGCUAUCCCUCUAUGACAACCGCAUCACCACCAUCAGCCCUGGAGCCUUCACCACGCUUGUCUCCCUGUCCACCAUUAACCUCCUGUCCAACCCCUUCAACUGCAACUGCCACCUGGCCUGGCUCGGCAAGUGGCUGAGGAAGAGGAGGAUCGUCAGUGGGAACCCCAGGUGCCAGAAACCUUUCUUCCUCAAGGAGAUUCCCAUCCAGGACGUGGCCAUCCAGGACUUCACCUGCGAUGACAAUGAUGAGAGCAGUUGCCAGCUGGGCCCACGCUGUCCGGAGCAGUGCACCUGCGUGGACACAGUGGUACGAUGCAGCAACAAAGGGCUCCGUGCCCUCCCCAAAGGCAUUCCCAAGGAUGUGACCGAGCUGUACCUGGAAGGAAACCACUUAGCAGCCGUGCCCAGGGAGCUGUCAGCCCUCCGACACCUGGCAUUAAUUGACCUGAGUAACAACAGCAUCGGCAUGCUGACCAAUUACACCUUCAGUAAUAUGUCACACCUCUCGACUCUGAUCCUGAGCUACAACCGGCUGAGGUGCAUCCCCAUCCAUGCCUUCAAUGGGCUGCGGUCUCUCCGUGUGCUAACCCUCCAUGGCAACGACAUUUCCAGCGUCCCCGAAGGCUCCUUCAAUGACUUGACAUCUCUUUCUCAUCUAGCACUGGGAACCAACCCUCUCCACUGUGACUGCAGUCUGCGCUGGCUAUCCGAGUGGGUGAAGGCGGGCUACAAGGAACCGGGCAUCGCUCGCUGCAGUAGCCCCGAGCCCAUGGCUGACAGGCUCCUGCUUACAACCCCCACUCACCGCUUCCAGUGCAAAGGGCCAGUGGACAUCAACAUUGUGGCCAAGUGCAAUGCCUGCAUCUCCAGUCCAUGCAAAAACAACGGGACGUGCAGCCAGGAUCCUGUGGAGCGGUACCGCUGUGCCUGCCCCUAUGGUUACAAGGGCAAGGACUGCAGCAUGCCCAUCAACACCUGCAUCCAGAACCCCUGCCAGUAUGGAGGCACCUGCCACCUGAGCGAGAGCCACAAGGAUGGCUUCAGCUGCUCCUGCCCCCUGGGCUUUGAGGGUCAGCGGUGUGAGAUCAACCCAGAUGACUGUGAGGACAAUGACUGCGAGAACAAUGCCACCUGUGUGGAUGGCAUCAAUAACUACGCAUGUGUCUGCCCACCUAACUACACGGGUGAACUGUGUGACGAAGUGGUCGACCACUGUGUGCCCGAGCUGAACCUCUGUCAGCAUGAGGCCAAGUGCAUCUCCCUGGACAAAGGAUUCAGGUGUGAAUGUCCCCCUGGCUACAGCGGGAAGCUCUGCGAGACAGACAACGAUGACUGCGUGGCCCAUAAGUGCCGUCACGGGGCCCAGUGUGUGGAUGCGGUCAAUGGCUACACCUGCACAUGCCCACAGGGCUUCAGCGGGCUCUUCUGUGAGCAACCCCCACCCAUGGUCCUGCUGCAGACAAGUCCCUGUGACCAGUACGAGUGCCAGAACGGAGCGCAGUGCAUUGUGGUGCAGCAGGAGCCCACCUGCCGCUGCCUGCCGGGCUUCGCUGGGCCCCGGUGUGAGAAGCUGAUCACUGUCAACUUUGUGGGCAAGGACUCCUAUGUGGAACUGGCCUCCGCCAAGGUCCGGCCCCAGGCCAACAUCUCCCUGCAGGUGGCCACUGACAAGGACAAUGGCAUCCUUCUCUACAAGGGAGACAAUGACCCCCUGGCACUGGAACUGUACCAGGGUCACGUGAGGCUGGUCUAUGACAGCAUGAGCUCCCCGCCAACCACGGUAUACAGCGUGGAGACCGUGAAUGACGGGCAGUUUCACAGUGUGGAGCUGGUGAUGCUGAACCAGACCCUGAACCUGGUAGUGGACAAAGGAGCACCCAAGAGUCUAGGAAAGCUCCAAAAGCAACCAGCAAUGGGCACCAGCAGCCCCCUCUACCUUGGAGGUAUCCCCACCUCCACGGGUCUCUCAGCCAUGCGCCAGGGUGGGGACCGGCCACUGGGAGGCUUCCAUGGCUGCAUCCACGAGGUACGCAUCAACAACGAGUUGCAGGACUUCAAGGCUCUUCCCCCGCAGUCGCUGGGCGUCUCACCGGGUUGCAAGUCCUGUUCUGUGUGCAAGCAUGGCAUGUGCCGUGCGGUGGAGAAGGACAGCGUGGUAUGCGAGUGCCACCCAGGCUGGGCCGGCCCACUCUGUGACCAGGAGGCCUGGGACCCCUGCCUCGGCCACAGCUGCAGCCAUGGAAAAUGUGUGGCAACCGGGAACUCAUACAUGUGCAAGUGUGCCGAGGGCUAUGGAGGGGCCUUGUGUGACCACAAGAAUGAUUCUGCCAAUGCUUGCUCAGCCUUCAAGUGUCACCAAGGACGGUGCCAUGUGUCAGAUCGAGGGGAGCCCUCCUGCUUGUGCCAGCCCAGCUUCAGUGGCGAGCACUGCGAACAAGAGAAUCCAUGUCUGGGGGAGGUAACCAGAGAGGUGAUCCGCCGCCAAAAAGGCUAUACCUCAUGUGCCACAGCCUCCAAAGUGCCCGUAAUGGAAUGUCGCGGGGGCUGUGGGUCUCAGUGCUGCCAGCCAACCCGCAGCAAGCGGAGGAAAUAUGUCUUCCAGUGCACGGACGGCUCCUCGUUCGUGGAAGAGGUGGAGAGACACUUAGAGUGUGGCUGCCGCCCAUGUUCCUAAGCCCCUCUGCCCAGCUGCCUGCUGCCUCUCAGACUCCAGCUUGUAAGGUUGGGACAGCAACACGGAACCCCUUUGAGAGUCAGAAUGAGGAAAAAGCAGCUGGAGAGGAAGCAAAAAGAAGAAAAGAAUAUUAAGUAUAUUGUAAAAUAAACAAAAAAUAGAACUUA